AUGUCGAUUCUACUAUCAAUCAUCAACAUUUGUUUAACCAUUUAUUCAGUAUCUGUACUAUCAUCAUCAACAAUUAUCGAUAGUGAAAUCGGUAAUAUCAAUGUUCUCAUACCUUGUCCAAUAGAUCGAACUCAAUGGACACUUCCAUCAAUACUUCAAUGGUAUCGUUCAAAAAAUAAUUAUGCAAAACCUAUUGCUAGUCAAUUUGAUAAUUAUCCUGUACAUAUUGAUGAUAUCUAUCGUAAUAAAUAUAGUCUUCUUUCAAAUGGUUCAUUAAUUAUUGAAAAUGUUCAAUUAAAUGAUAAUGAUACAUUUGAAUGUCGAUUGAUAUUAAUUGAUCGUGGUCUAUUAGAUAUAAAAUAUAACUAUUUUAUUACGCUUCGUGUUAAUGAACAACCACGUUUUAUCAAUCUAUCAAAUUCAUUACAAAUAGCUUCAUAUUAUUCAACAGUUAAUUUCAUUUGUCACAUUUAUGGAGUUCCAAUUCCAAUAGUAACAUGGUAUAAGAUUCUUGAGAAAAAUAAGCAAACGAUUAAAGAUGCAGAUUUAGAAUUACUCUUCGUUAAUAGUCAACAACUAACUCUUCAUAAUGUUGAUGAUCGUAUGGCUGGUAAGUAUAGAUGCAUAGGAAAAAAUCGACUCGGUACAAUACAAUACGACUUUCAACUUUUUAUACGUGGUUCUAUUUAUUGGCGACGAUUUCCUGAAAGUCAAAGUGUUAAAAUAAAUGAUAGUUUAAUUGUAAAGUGUGAAGGUGAAAGUAGUGAAAAAUUACAAUAUCAGUGGAAAGGUAGUGGAAAUGUUAUUUGUUUGGAUAUUUUACGUUCAAUGAAAAGAUCACCUGAAUCGCUUCAAGCAUAUUUAUCCUUCAUGCAUGAAACUAAAGGUUCAAAUAAACAUUUAGAUAGAGCAUUAGAGAAUGUUGAAAAAAAUUUAUUAAAAAAAGAUCUUCCAUCUGAUAUGCUCCAACGUCAUGCACGAACUUUAGCUACACAAUUAGCAUUAUGUCUUCAAGCUGGUUUACUUGUUCGUCGUUUACCACAAACAGUUAGUGAUGCUUUUUGUUCAUCACGUCUUGGACCUAAUCGUGGUUCAAUUUUUGGUGAUUUACCCAUGGAUAUUGAUAUAGAUACACUUUUAAAAAGAUUACCGUUCUAA